AGCAAGGAACAAAGAGCAAGAAAAAAUUUAAGAAAGACUUACUAUUGUGCAUUUCUUUUCAUUCGAUGUAAAAUAUUAUUUCGAUGCUGAUAACAUCUAAUAUUUAAAAAACAUUAUUCAUUUUCGAUACGAACACAGGUUGGAAAUAAAUAAAAAAAAAUAAUAAUACUUAAAAAAAUUUAGUUUCCAAUAUGGAAAACACACCGAUUAAUAACCAUCGUGGUUUGAUGGAAAAUGCCAGCUACUUAUUAAUGAUGUUUGGACCUUUUCGAUAUCAUAGUUCAAAUGUAUUUUUACGAAUUAUUGUUAAUUUAUUUAAAUUUGUUAAUUUGGUAAUGCAAGUAAGCGUUAUUAUGACAACAGGAAUUGAUACUAUUAAAAACAUCAACGACAUUCCUAUUGUAUCGACUAAUAUAUGUUACGUUUUUCCAAUGACAACGAUAUUGACUAAAGCGACAUUUUCAUUUUUUAAUGAACAGAAAAUGAAGGAUCUUAUUAAAAGGGUAUACAAACCUAUUGAUACAUUACGUUUUUCUUCUGAUAUCGGAGUAUUGAAGAUAAUACGUACUGCAUUGUCAUACCAAUUUUUCGACAGCGCAAUAUACAUAUUUGUAUGUGUGAGUGUCAGCGCAUCGACAUUUUUACUUGCGAAUUACCACAAUCGUGAGUUACCCAUUCGUGGAGUAUUUCCGAUAAAUUCGACGGAUACACCGAGUUAUCAGAUAAUAUAUGUCCUCCAAGUGUACGCUAUUUUAGUUAAUUGCGUAUGGGUGUACAGUUUUGACAUGAUACUUUUGGGAAUGAUAAGAUGGAUGACUAUAGAUUUAAAAAUACUUCAACUUGCUUAUAGAAUGUGUCCAUAUUACCAGGAACCACGUACUAAUUUCGUUGUACCUAAAGAAGGAUUUUCAGUAAUUGAAAAAUUUAGCUAUUUCGCUGAAAUAAAGCUGGAGGAUGAGAUAAGCAGAUUUGUGGCAUUUAGUGAGGAAGAAGCAAACGUCAAAGAAGAUUCAUUUCUAAAAAGAUUUUUAUCCUGUGUUGUACAUCAGCGUAAACUUAUUGCCAAUAUUAAUGAUACUAAUGAUUUGUUUAGUGUUGUACUGUUCGUACAAACAUUUUCAAAUUGUUCGUUAACUUGUAUGGGUCUUUUUGGACUCGUUGGUAGUAUUAAAAAGCAUAGAAAUCCAAUGAAUGACCUCGUGAUGCUACAAAUUGGAUUUUUAAAUUUACUCUACUGGUGUGUGUUUGGGCAUUUUUUGAUAGUUCAGCAUGACUGCUUGAUGGAUAGUAUUUAUGAAAGCGGUUGGGAACGCCACUUGACAAAUAAAAAAGUACCACAGCUCAUAAUAAAUACAAUAUUACAUGGAAUGCAACCGAUUGUAAUAACAGCUGGACACUUUUUCGAUCUCUCUAUGAAAACUUAUCUUGAGGUUUUGAACAAAUCUUAUUCAUUUUUUGCAAUUCUUAAUACUGUCACAACCGAGGAUGAUUUCGAAUAGAAUAGAGAACAAUUUUGGAGUCACUGUCUUUCAAAGAUCAUUGCGAUUGACAUUCUUACUUCGUUACGUAUGUAGUUAUUUUCGAAGCUCAUUAAUUUCAUUUAAGCUUGUCGUGCUUGAUUAUAGCGAAAUGUACGCAUGCACACUUUUAUGCCCAGCAAAAUAAUAAUAAAUAAAAU